GUGUCUUUUUUGUUGUGUCCAGGACAUGUGCACAGCUGAAGCAACUGCAUCUUUGCUCCAAGCAGAAGAAACCUUCUCGGCAUGCCUGGCACGGAUAGAUGCCCUCAUCCUCAAGCCUUUGCUCCAGGCAGAGCCUCAUGACCAGAAAGGAAAGGACAAUUUUAAACUGUUACUUCUGCUGAAUGAUCGAUUUCAAGCUCUCUGGAACUUCACAGAAGAAAAUUACCGGAUACUCAAACAAAAAUGCAACACUUCUGAGUCAUUCUGCAUCCAAGACUUUUACACUGUCUGGAAAGGAGACCUGUUUCUCAGCCUCUACAUUCAGUAUUUUGUCACGUUUGCAAAUUAUGUUGUAGUCUACGGCUUUGAACAUGCUACAAAGAGCAAAAGUGAAGCCUGGAAGCACCAUAAGACAGUGCUGAAGCAAUUCCUCACAGACUUCACCUCUGAGUCCUCCAUGUCUCUGGCCUUGUACACUGUACUUCACAAGCCAAUCCGGGAUCACGUUGAGCGAUAUGUGCUGCUCCUUACCAAGCUGAACGAGGCUCUGAAAGAGGGCCCUGAAAAGGACUUAGUUACCAGUGCUAUCAAGGAGUAUGUGAAGCUUGAGUCCUUCAUCAGCCAAGUCCUGGAUGAGGCUUGUUUUACCAAGGCCUUAUGGAAAUCCCUGGGCUACAAAUUCACGGACAUGCUCUGUGUUCCCGAAAGGCGGCUGCUGGAAGACAGCAAAAAUCUUCCCAUUUCUGCCAGCACGAAUCGAUCGGACCGAAUUCUGCUCUUUGAUGAUGUCCUUGUGCUAAUUCAGGGGAACAGCUUUCAGAGUUUUGAUCUGAAGCUUGUAUGGGUGGACAAAAGCUGGAGGGAGAAGUCGGCUCCUGGAGUGUAUGUCCUCCGCAUUAUUACACCAGAAGAAACAUUCUUUCUGACUGCAAAAGAUCCUCAGAUGAAGGCUGUUUGGCAGUGGAAGUUGAACCAAGCCAUCCGCCAGGCUCUCAAUGGGAAACGUGAUUUCCCCCUGUGGGGCAAGACCGGGGAAGGCACCGAGCCUCCGUCCUGCCGCUUCUUCAGCUACGUCUUCAAGCUGGAGGGCAAGUUCAAGAGCGCAACCUACGAGGGCGAAUGGCACUGGGGAAAGCCACAUGGCAAGGGGACACUGAAGUGGCCUGAUGGUCGGAACCACGUUGGAGAUUUCAAAGAAGGGUUGGAGCAUGGGUUUGGAAUAUGCCUUGUCCCACGUCGAUCCGAAGACCGGUAUGACUGCUACAAGUGCCACUGGUCCCAGGGCAAGAUGAGAGGCUAUGGAAUCUGUGAGUAAGUAAAGCAUGAGGAU